AUGGAAGGCUCAUCAGACUCAGGAUCAGAAAUGGGCACUGAAACUGUCCCAGAAGAAGACAUCACAAUAAAUGAGAUGGUGUUUAACCCUACAAAUACUCAUGUUUCAAUCGAAAUAGAUAGGAAACCUACUAAACAGCCGAUAGACGAGAUAAUUGCAUUUGCAGUCGCCUCUUCUCCUGAAAGCAGUAAAGCCAGUGAAUCGUCAAUACUAAGAUUUGCUGGAGAAAGCUUUAGUGGCGAGCUACUACGAUACAAGCCGUCUUCUGUUGAUUUUUAUCUUCCAAGAUGAUGCAUGCUUGACACAAAUGGAUUAAUUUACUACAAAAGCCGGCAUGCAGCUUUGUUUGAAGAGCCUCCUUUGAUGUCCAUCCCAAAUGAAGCAAUUAUGUCAGUCUACGCUUACAAGCAAAAGAAAAAGCCUAAUUAUUUGCUAGAAAUAAAUACCAACGAUAGGUCUCCUGCAGACUCAAGCCCAGCUUCCUCAGCCCGAUCUGUAAGCUUGAAUAAUUCAGGCCAUUUAAUGCAUAAGCCUCGGCACCUUUUGCCAAGACCAGUGAGCUUUACAAAGCCAGCAGUGAAGACAAAACUGAUUCCUAAUAGAGAAACCCCAAAAGAAAAGCCAGCACUAAGAACCGGGAAAAGGUCAUGAACUAACAGAGAAAAUGAGAUGUAUUUAAAUGAAAACAGGCUGCUGUUUGCAGUGAAUAGUGAGGAUGAAUGGGAAACAUGGAAAAGCGCAUUCAGUGCACUGACGAAUGCCAAUAUUAUAGUAAUUUAA